AUGUUUCUAGAAACUUUUUUCUUCCCAGAAAAACAGGAAAUCCUCCUGCCAGGGAGAUUGGGGCCCUAGUGACGUGGUUAAUUCUCUUCGUGUGGUCCCUGGCUCUCUUUAGGGUUCAUUUCUGCUGGCCUGAGACUAGAGAUGGCCACUUCAUCCCACCGAGGAGCAGCUGGAGGAAGCCAGGAGGAGUGUAGAAGCUUCGAGACAUCGAUAGAACAGGGGGAAGGACCAAGCACCAUCCAGGAGGACAACUUCAAACAGAGCCAGGAAACAUCCACACUGCGGCUCCUGCUGUUAGGGAAACACGGUGCAGGCAAAAGCGCCACAGGAAACAGCAUUCUGGGUAAAGCCGUGUUCGAUUCCAAGUUCAGUGAUCACAUGGUAACCACCCAGUGCCAGAGCGAAACUGUGUCUCUGAGAGAGAAGCAGGUCACCGUCAUUGAUGCCCCAGAUCUUUUCUCCUCACAGUCCUGUGCAGAGGUCAGGCUGCUGAACCUGAGGCAGUGCUUGAAGCUCUCGGCUGGUGGCCUCCACGUGCUGCUCCUGGUCACGCCCAUUGGCUACUAUACAGAGGAGGACAGAGAGACCAUUGAGGGCAUCCAGGGUGAGUUUGGCACUGAAGCCUACAGUCACAUGAUUGUGGUCUUCACUCGGGAAGAUGAGCUGGGUGAGGACUCGCUGAAGGACUACAUUGACAGCAAGAGCUCUCUUAAGACGUUGCUUGGAAACAUUGGAGAUCGAUACUGUUCCUUCAACAACAAGGCAGACAAGGAGCAGCGGGAACAGCAGGUGUCCCGGCUCCUUGAUGUCAUUGAGCAGUUGAUGGCUGAAAGCGGGGGGCCAUAUUUUGUGCCCUUGAAAAUGGACUGCAGUGGAGUCCAGGGUUGUGGGGACAGAGCUACAUACGAAGAAGGGGACAAUCUGUGUGGUCCAAAGAAGAGACAGCCUCAGAUUCCAGGAUCCGAUCAGGAUGUAGAGAUGCCAGAACUGAGAGUUCUCCUCAUGGGGAAGCGUGGUGUUGGGAAAAGUGCAGCAGGGAACAGCAUUCUGGGGAAGCGGCCCUUUAAGACUCAAUACAGUGAGCAACAGGUCACCAAGAUCUUUACAGCCCACAGCAGGAUCUGGAACAGGAAGAAAGUCAUGGUCAUUGAUUCUCCAGAGAUCUCAUCGUGGAAGCCUGAUACAUCUGAAGUCAAGAAGCUAACCUUUCCGGGUCCCCAUGCCUUCCUACUGGUGAUACCGCUGAACUCUUCGAUAAAGAGUGAUGACAAUAUGUUCAACCUUGUCAAAAAUAUUUUUGGAGAAAAAUUCACCAAGUUCACAAUUAUUCUCUUUACCAGGAAAGAAGAUUUAGAGGAUCAGGCCCUAGAUGAAUUUAUAAGCAAAAAUAGCAAUCUCCAGGAGCUCAUCUUGAAAUUUGAAAAAAGAUAUGUGGCUUUCAACUAUCGGGCAACUGUCAAGGAGGAGCAGAACCAGGUGAAUAAACUCCUGGACCAAGUCGAGAGCAUGGUGCAGCGCAAUGGCAACAAGCCUUGCAUCCUCAGAGAGAAAGAACUCUUAAACAUCAUCCUCUUAGGAAGGAGUGGGACUGGAAAGAGUGCAACUGGGAACACUAUCUUGGGGAGACCUGCCUUCCUGUCUCAACUGGGAGCUCAGCCUAUCACCAGUAGAAGCCAGAGUGACAGGACCACAGUGGACUGGCAGGAUGUUGUGGUUGUAGACACUCCAUCAUUCAGCCAGAUGCCUGGUAUUCAAAAGGAUCCUUGCAGGUUAAAGGAGGAGGUCAAAUACUGCUUAUCUCUCUGUGAAGAUGGAAUGAAGGUUUUUGUUCUGGUGCUGCAGCUGGGGCGUUUCACCCAAGAAGAUGAGGCAGCCGUGGAGCAACUGGAGGCCAUGUUUCAAGAAAAAAUUAUGAGAUAUAUGAUUGUGUUAUUUACAAGGAAGGAAGAUCUAGGGGAUGGAGACAUUCACGAUUAUACUAGAAACACAAAGAACAAAGCCCUUAAAAGUAUAGUUAAAAAGUGCAAGGGGCGAGUUUGUGCUUUUAAUAACAAAGAAACUGGUCAAAACCAGGAGACCCAGGUGAAAGAUCUGUUGACAAUAGCCAAUAGUCUCAGAAAGUACUAUGAUGAGCAUUCAUAUUCAUGGGUGGAUUUUGGCCAUCAAUUUAAAACCCUAGGCCAACAAAUUACUAGUGUGUUUAAACAAUGAGCUCAAGUGAGCAAAUAAAAGGUCUGGGACAUAAGGAUGUCAUCAGACAGAGGUGGGUGGGAUGAGGGACGGCAGGACUGGUGGGAUGGUUCCUCUCAAAGAAAGUUCAUGACUUUUGAAGGCUGAGGGAUAAAUGUAUCUCAUGUUGGAUGUAGGUGUUUGGAUGAAAAAAUUAUCAAGUUAGGUCAAGCAGUAGGGAAUUAGAGGACAAAGAGAAUAAGGUUGGGGAUAUGGGAAAUGUUUUGAACAUCAAGAUGAUAUUAAGGGUCAAAACCAUUUCACCAGUGUAGGUCAAACAGAGUCAGGACUCACACCAUGACCAAGGCUCAGGUCAAUAAGAUAAUACCUUGAGAACCAGGGUAUCUAGACACACAUACACACACACACACACACAAAGACAAGGCCAACAUUCUUGGACAUGGCAAAAAGUGGAUGGGAACAUCAACAUUACAAUUUUAUUCUGUCUUUGUGCCCAGCUUCACUGGUAUGUGAUAUUUAUUUCAUGGUGUUCUGUGUAUGAUCUACUAGAAGCUGCUUGAGGUGACCAAUAUGUAAAAUGAACAAUAUGAAACUGUCUCCAACGUGUAUUAAGGGUCAGCCAUUUUAAAUAACAGUUACUUUCACAUGUACCUUGAGGAUAAGAUAUAAAAUAUAUGUGUUUAGUUAGCUUCAAGAUUAAUCUGUUGGUAGGGUAAUGAAGCCUGGGAAUUGAUAUGUUUUGAUAUUAUACUUUAUCUUAGCCAAAAGGCCAAGAAGUGAUUCUGCUAUAAUUGAAUGCCACAUACAUGUUAACAUGGUAACUUUUAGACAAUGUAUGGGUAAAUAUACUGAGUCGAAUCAGAUAGUAAAGAUGAAUUGGAUUAUGACUUCA